AUGAAUGACGAGGCGACGAUAGCGAUGCAACAAAAGUCGUUAAUGAAAAAUGCAUCGAUGGAUGAGUCAGCAGCGUGUCAGUCUGAUACUGCAGAGUCUUCUGUGCCUUCUUUGGGGACACAUGCUGUUCCAAGUGAUGGACAAGCAGAUAAAGAUACUUCAGUGGAAAAGACAAAAGGUGAGGUGCUGUCUUCAUCAACGUGCGAUCAAAGUGAAUGUGACUCGUCGACGUCUCCGACAGUGACGCCUUCUGUACCUCAUGGCGACGAUGAAUAUGACCCGGCCAACCCGACUCCUGUGGAGGCAUCUGCUGCAAGCAAUACGGCAAAUGACUGUACUAGCCAUUCUCCUGCUGCUGAGCAGCAGGAGGAGUACGACCCAGACCAUCCAUCUAUAACAUCGACAACAAAACCUGAGGAACCUGUUGCGAUGGAAAUAGAUCAUACAAAUGAACCUGGUGAGUUGUCUACCGUAACGCCCGCUAAGAGGAAAAUUGAUGAAGCAACCAAUAUUUCUUCCGACGUAUCGGCGAAUGGAAACACAGAUUCCAAAAGACCCCGCUUUGUCGAUGGCAACAAAAGCCCUCGUGAUGACAAGCACAGUCGCAAUCGGUGCGAAAGCGGUGAUUCUACGCUGUCUUCUAGCAGUAAACAAAAACACCAUGAAGAAGAUCACAAGGGACUCUCUGCUGUGGCGUGGGACCGACUGAUGGAUUUUCAGACAACCGGUGAGUUUCGUGUCACUCAAGUGAGUCGUGCUGCUUUUGCAUCUGUUGGUGCUAUGCCUGAGUUCGCUCAAAUUUCCAUUAUCGCGCGAUUCGUACGGACACCUAUGCGGGAUAUCCGCGACAAGAAUGGGCAGCUUAUGCGCAUCUUCCGUGAGUAUCAGAAGGAAAACCCUCAAAUCGCGGUGCUGCAGCCUGUAGACGCCUUCAUUUCUGACUACAAAAGCGACCCUCGACUAUUUCGCUUCGGGUACGCUCCUCCUCAGCCAAUUACGGGAAUGUCUAAUGUCCAAGUGCCGUAUCAACUGGAUCAACUCCCUAAAGAUCUUCCAGUGAAAACCUCUCCUCGACAAGCAAGAAGUACAGUUCUACGAUCGGAGCCUGAACAGCAUCAGCAGAAAGACGUAGACGAGUUUGGGCGUGCUGUCCACCUGGAUAAAGGAACUGCACAUGAGCCUAUUCGGUCAGUACGCUCUGCUAACCAAAAACCAGCUGCAGACCCUCGACUGUCUUCGCGAAGCCGUCAAGAUCUAUCUUCACCAUCUACUCAAGCAGUGCCACCGAUUGCAACAGGAGGAAGAGCUGAGGAUCCGCGUCGCCGUGAUCAGUCUUACUCUCAAAGUAGCAUUGGCUCGAGUGAUCUGUACGAGCGUCUACCAGCACCUGUAAAGUCUGUAGUAAACAGUAUGCGUCACGAAGGCAGGUUGCAAGAGCCACUCAACGAUAAUGUGGUCACACGAUUGCUGCAUUUGCCUGAGCGUGUGGCACUGCAAGCUGUUGAAAACUUCAGCAACGUGGAUCUGUCGCAAGUGGAAAACUUGCAAGGAUUUCUGGUGGGAAUCAUCAACCGUGUCAACGAGAAGGCGAUUGCUUCAGAACAUCAGCACCGGUCGCAGGUGGCUUCUCCUCGUGGACAUCCUCCUUCAGCGAUUCCGCUAGGUGGGAACUAUGGAGCACUUCCCCAAGGUGGGUCAGUCCUUGGUGGACCUCCUCAAGGCGGGCGUUUGAACAGUAACAAUGUAGCAAAUGGCGGCGGCUAUCGUGGCCAACCAGCUCACAUGGCAACUGGUCCUGCUCCAGCGUUGUACGAACGUCCCUAUGAUGCGCCUCAGGAUACGAGGGACCCGCGGCGUCGACAGCCAGCACCUCAAGGGCCACCUCAAUACGGUGGAGCACUACAAAGACCACCUCCAGCUGGCAUUGGACAUGGUCCUAUUGGGAUGCCGUCGUUUGCGGUAUUGCCACUGUCAGUGCAGAAUCAUGUUCACGCGUUAGUGGCAAACCGAACAUUGGCGUCUUUAGAAGAGCUUGGUGGCAAGUGCUACGAAGUGCUUGGCCAGCUUUCGGAGCCGCUAGCCAACCAAGUGCUUACUCGAUUUGCAGGUGCUAACCUAUCCAACGUUCGCAACAAGAGUGGGUUCCUCAUUGGUGUCGUCAAGCGAGCCCGCCAAGAGUACGGCUUCGACUAA